AUGGCGUCACGGAGACUAGCAUUGAACCUUUCACAGGGUGUGCGAAACCGCGCCGGUUUCUCUGCCGCCAAUUCCCUCCGACGAGGCUUCGCUACCCCCUCGGCCGUCGGCAAGACUCAGACCACGACCCUGAAGAACGGACUCACGGUUGCGACCGAGUACUCGCCAUGGGCUCAGACCUCGACUGUCGGUGUCUGGAUUGACGCCGGUUCGCGAGCCGAGACCGACGAGACCAGCGGCACCGCGCACUUCCUCGAGCAUCUCGCUUUCAAGGGAACUUCCAAGCGAACUCAGCACCAGUUGGAACUUGAGGUUGAGAACCUCGGUGGCCACCUCAACGCCUACACCUCUCGUGAAAACACCGUUUACUUCGCCAAGGCCUUCAACUCCGAUGUUCCACAAUUCGUCGACAUUCUCUCCGACAUCCUCCAGAACUCCAAGCUCGAGGACUCUGCUAUUGAGCGUGAGCGUGACGUUAUCCUCCGAGAGUCCGAGGAGGUCGAGAAGCAGGUUGAGGAGGUUGUCUUUGACCACCUUCAUGCUACCGCUUUCCAGCAGCAGCCUUUGGGCCGUACCAUCCUCGGCCCCCGCGAGAACAUCCGCGACAUCACCCGCACCGAACUCGUGAACUACAUCAAGAACAACUACACCGCUGACCGCAUGGUUCUGGUUGGUGCUGGUGGUGUUCCCCACGAGCAGCUCGUUGAGUUGGCCGAGAAGCACUUCUCUGGUCUCCCCAGCAAGGGCCCUGAGAACCAGGCCUACCUCCUGUCCAAGAAGAAGGCUGAUUUCAUCGGUUCCGACGUCCGUGUCCGCGAUGACACCAUGCCUACUGCCAACGUUGCCCUUGCCGUUGAGGGUGUUAGCUGGAGCUCCGACGACUACUUCACCGCUCUCGUCACUCAGGCUAUUGUCGGAAACUACGACAAGGCUAUGGGCAAUGCCCCUCACCAGGGCAGCAAGCUGAGUGGCUUUGUUCACAAGCACGAGCUCGCCAACAGCUUCAUGAGUUUCUCCACCAGCUACAGCGACACUGGUCUCUGGGGUAUCUACCUCUCUACCGAUAAGAAGACCCAACUCGAUGACCUUGUUCACUUUGCCAUCCGCGAGUGGAUGCGUCUCUGCAACAACGUCAGCGAGGCUGAGGUUGAGCGUGCCAAGGCCCAGCUCAAGGCUUCCAUCCUCCUCUCUCUUGACGGCACCACCGCCGUUGCUGAGGACAUUGGUCGCCAGAUCAUCACCACGGGCCGCCGCCUGUCGCCCCUUGAGAUUGAGACCCGCAUCAACGCUAUCACUGAGAAGGACGUGAUGGACUUCGCCAACCGCAAGCUGUGGGACAAGGACAUUGCCAUUAGCGCUGUUGGUCCCAUCGAGGCUCUGUUCGACUACCAGAGACUGAGGAAUACUAUGAAGCCCAAGUUCUAA